GAUGCCUUACACUGAAAUUGAAGCUAAGUUUUUGGGGCCUGGAGAAGAACUUACAAGUGAACCAAGCUAUAAAAAAUUGAAGUCAACUGCAGAUGGUUAUGUUUUCCCCCAUAAUGGUGGUCCUGUUAUUCACAGAAUCCAAGAGAAAACUGGAAAUAAUAGGGUCCCCGUGGCCCCCAUUGAUGUUGGGGGCCAUAGUUGUCCUCAGGAGGACAAAAUCAGAACUACAGAUUCACUGAAACCUUUGCACAGUGAGAUGCCUGGCAAAAAACUAGAUGUUACUGAAUCCAUUGGUUCACAAGCUUUACGGUAUAGAAACACUUCAUCCCUGUCCAAAGAUGAUGAGAUAUAUAGCACAAGCAAAGCAUUCAUAGGACCCAUUUACAAACCCCCUGCAAAAAAGAAAUGCAGUGAAAGGAGGAACAAGACAGAGACUCUAAACCGUAUAAAUGGCAAAGGAAGACAAGAGGAAAAUCAGAAAUUUAAGGACCAAAAAUUGGAGAUUGACACUGAAUUAUCCCAGUUUUACAAAGAAAUUGAAGAACUAGAAAAUGAAAAAGAUGCUUCACAAAGCAGUUCUAAGGAACCCGAACCUUCUCAGGAACAAAUGAUUCCUUAUGACCAGGGGCAUAAUAGUAUUUUAAAAGCUGAUGGAGAAAAUAAAGAUCUCAGUAUUGCUCUUCAGUCACAUUGUGGCUAUUCACAGUACUUGGAGAAUGAACCAGGCAAAUAUCCCUGUCAAGAACAAAUGCCUACAUUCUGUGAUACUUCAUUUACUUCCUUCAGGCCUGAGUGGCAGUCAGUGCAUCCUUUUAUCAUACCCCAUGGUCCUCCUCUUCCCAGUUUUAACUAUCAUUUUAAUAUUCAAAGAUUCAGUGCUCCACCAAAUCCACCACCAAAUAUUUUCCAUGCCCAAGAUGAUGCUCAGAUGCGAAGUGGAUGUUAUGUAAAUAGUUGUCAGGAUAACUGGAACUGUUUGACUUUUGAUCAGAAUGAUGAAUAUACUAACUAUAGUGUGACUAGCAGUGUUCAUCCCUUUGGAAAUGGCUACAGUGUACAAGACGACUACGGUUUCUGUGAAAUCAGAGAAGGGUGCUGGAAAGAUCCUGUGGAUACGCAUAAUGAGACAGACAGGUUUGAGAACCACUGGUUUCAAGAGGAAAAGUUAAACAAAUUGCAGAAGUUACUUAUUCUUUUGCGAGGCCUGCCUGGUUCUGGGAAAACAACAUUGUCUCGAGUUCUGCUUGGUCAGAGUCGUGAUGGCAUUGUGUUCAGCACUGAUGACUAUUUUCACCAUCAAGAUGGGUACAGGUAUAAUGUUAAUCAACUUGGUGAUGCCCAUGACUGGAACCAGAACAGAGCAAAACAAGCUAUUGAUCAAGGGAGAUCUCCAGUUAUAAUAGAUAAUACUAAUACACAAGCCUGGGAAAUGAAACCAUAUGUGGAAAUGGCCAUAGGAAAAGGAUACAGAGUAGAGUUUCAUGAACCUGAAACUUGGUGGAAGUUUGACCCUGAAGAAUUAGAAAAGAGGAAUAAACAUGGUGUGUCUCGAAAGAAGAUUGCUCAGAUGUUGGAUCGUUACGAGUUUCAAAUGUCCAUCUCUAUUGUAAUGAAUUCAGUGGAACCAUCACAGAAAAGCCCACAGAGACCCCUUCCUCUCCAGGAGACACAGAGAGAAAGAAUUUUGAAGGAAACUGGGUACAGGCUUGGUAAAAUCAAACAGAAAUCCAGAAAUAGAAAAAGAAACAAAAAGAAUAAUAGUCUUAGUGAAAACUUACUUGCAACCUCAAGUUCUUGUAUACCAGGAGAUCAGGCUCCAUCUCUGAAUGCAGAGGAAGAUUGCGAAGAAACCAAAAGAGAAUCAAGGGAUCCCUUUACUCGUUACCUACAAAACGAAGUAGGGAAUUUUGUAUAUGGCUCUAAAGAAAAAAGUCGGAAAAACAUAGAUCCUUCAGACAGUUUUCAAAAUGCUAUGCCUACAGUUGUGUUGGACAACACACCAAAGAAUUGCUCCCCUAAUGAAGAUGACUUGCUUCUAACUUUAUCAUCAAUACCAGAUGAAGGCUCUGUCAUUUGUCACAUGAGGACUCAAUAUCUCUCCUGUGAAACAAGGGAUGACUGCUCAGGCAUGAAGGUAGACAAGCACAUGGGAAAUGGGCAUAACUUAGCCAUAGGUACCCAGAAUAUAUUUGCUAAAGCCCCAUGUUCAUCUGUGCAGAAGAUAGAGACAAUAGAUGAAAGUUGCCCAGGUGACCUAGUUCUGUACCAUCAACGUGAAUCUAGAACUUUAGAGAAAACUUUAAGAGAAGAACAAGAAAUACAUGGAAUUAGAAACAACCACUGGGGUUUUUUUACAACCAAGUUGUCUGAUGAGGAAUCACAGUUGGGCUUUGAGAAUCAACCAUACUUUAGCAAUUGGCCUGAGGGCCCUCAUAAGUUUGUGUGUGAACAGAGACAAAAGAAAGAUAGAUCACAUAGACUGAACUGUCCCGACAGCAAGGAACACUUGAUUAAGUUGAUUUCCACUUCUGAAGGAGCAGCAGGCUCAGGAAGACACCCAGAAAUACUGAUGGAGGAGAAGCUCAUAGAAAAAGAUUUGCCACCUGCAACUGAAGCUGUAGAUCUACUCAGAAACCCAGAAACACGUGUCUUUAGAAGCUGCUUACCUCAACUGAACAUCCCAGAGCAUCCUUUAGAAUCAUCACAGGAGAAGCAAAGGAUGCAGAAAAGGAUUCACAAUUUGCCACCAGACUUUAACUUACUGGGACAGACCCAUAUCAACACCAAAGACAGGGAGUUAUGUGACCUGUUAACAGAAAAUCAUAGACUGAACACUAUUUGGGAAGAAAAAGAUACACUUUCAGAAAUAAUCAAUGAAGAAGAGAAAAAGGAAAAAAUUAUGACCUUUGAUCAUCAUCCGUCAUGGUUUUACCUUGAUGCUACCAAAGGUUCUCCUCGAAGCAUCGGUGGACACUUUGAUUCUCGCUGCCUAUUAUUUAAUAGACGAGGGCGUGCUGUGUACUUUUAUAAAAAUCCUCUUCCUUCUCUCAUGCCACAUUAUAUGUCUAGUUUUUGCAUGGUGUCUAUUAACAACAAAAAAGCAUUUUUGACUUUCAAAUCUCAGAAAAGAAUAGAUAAGAAAUUCAUUGAUGUAGGGUUUAUUUCUGAAGAAAUGCUAGGUAGCCAGUCUGACACUUUGUAUUCUUUGAAGUCUUCCUCUGAUACUCAGAUUUUAAGUGAAAGAUUUGAUGAGGAGCUGAAGAUACGGGAAGAACUCGGGCUCCCACAGUGUCUAUCAAUCGAGGAGCACCAAGAUUCAAUAAGCCAUGAUUUUAAUUCCCUUGGGCUGCCAUUAUCACAAGAGUUUGCCUUUCACUUAGUGAAACUUUUUGGAUCUCCCGGAAGUCCAAUGGAAUCCUUGUUAACUGAUGACUGUGUGAUCCCCUUUGACUGGAAGACACUGAAGAUGAUCUUUUUGCAAUGGAAGAUGUCAAUAGAGGAAAGGGAGAAGAAUAUCAGUAAAAGUGAAAAUUUCUUAAACUCUGAGAUCAGUGCUCCCCAUGGUACUGCUGAAGAUCCUGAUCCCCAGAGAGGAGUCAGGGAGCUCAGUGCUGGCUCAAGGAGUCCCUCCAGGAUAGAACCACUGGACACCAAAACCAGCUGGAAAAUCUGCCCAGCAGUUCUUGAUAAGUUCUCUGAAUAAUAAAAACCUCAGCACAUGAGGAUUUUAAUUCCUGCUUGACAUCAGUAGAAGACUUUGGACAAGAGAACAUCUUAUUAAAGAGCAUCUCUAGGGACAACUGGAGUGCGCAUUGGCCUGAAAGCCUGAAGACCGUGCUGUAGAUCCACCUCAUCACUAGCUGGUGAUUGGCAGUCCUCGAGUUACUUUGGGCCUUAUGUUCCUUUAUGUGUGACUGACUAGCUAAGAGGCGCUUAGGCUCUAGGAUUUAUUAACGAUCCUUCUGAUUCUUAACCUCCAGUUGCCAGUCUUAAACAUUGCUUUGUAGAGUGAUGACCUCCGAGUCAAUUUAUGACAUCAUAUCCAAGCUCUGCCACUCACUAGGUAUGCUGUUCACACAGCUCCAUGCCUCAGUUUCCUUUCCAGUUUAAUGGGGCAUAUCAGCUCUUUUUUGCUUUAGAAAGAUAUUGUAAAGGUUGAAUGGGUGAGGAGGACUUCUAAAAUUUCAAGAUACUCGAUCAGUUUUAAGAGGUACAGUUUCUGCUUAGGUGAUUGAUGGGUUGAGAUAAAUCCUUAGUGUUCUGGGGCAAAGCCUCUGAUGUGAAGAAUGUGCAGUGGACUUGCAGCUCCCCUACUGUGCUGAGCACUGGCAGUUGGGCUCAGGAACCUUGCAUGCUUUGAGGUGGGUUGUGGGUUUAUAUGGAGGCUGAGAAUUAAGCAGGGAAACAGUCACAGCUCAGCAGGGAGGGCUGCCUCCUAGAACAAGAAUGGAGUGCCUGCCCCAUGCAGAGCUGGAAUGGGAGAGAGAAUAGCAGAUUGUUUUAAAAAUGCAUUGUAUAGAAAAUGGUAAAACUGCAAGGUUAUGAUGUAUCUGUUGGAUUCUGAAAAUUUCACCUUUUCUCUAUAUGUUUUCCACAUUUUUUAUAAUGAAUGUAUAUUUCUUAAGUCAGUCUAAUAAAAUUUUUUCUCUGACAUUGGGAGAAAUUAAUUUU